AUGGGGAUCGCCCCGUACCCGGAGUUGCUGGCGAUGUCUCCCUACGACGGCCGUCUCCCCGGCGGCAGCGAUGCCGAAACAGCGCCCAACCAGGGCAGCGGAAACAUCAUCAACGACGUGUUGGCCCGCGACGGACUCGGCGGCAAUCUUCUUCCAGAGGGCCCCAGCGACAACAACGACGACAAGCCUCUUCACGGCGUGGCUUCGUCGACCGAGCUGGACACGCAGGGCCAGGGCGAGCCCAAGCGCUCCAGCAGCCAGCACACGAAGAACAUCGACCCGGAUGUGUUGAAGGCCGACAUCCCGCUCAAGCUCCCGGUGACCCACAUCCACCCCACGGCCGAUCAGCUCAACUCGCUUGAGGUUGCUCCA